CGGGCAGCUCAGACGGUCUUUUGGCGUCGUUGCUGUUUGACCGAUGAGGAGGCGUGCGCGCGCGAGACUGCAACCGACGACGAUCGGACGUUUCGACGGAACGCUUUUCCCGAGGUUCUAGGAUAUUAGCGAGCGUGGUGUGACUUAGUGUACUAUUUUUGCUAAUCGGGUAAAGCAGCUUCCCAAUGUAGUGCUGGUUACUUGAGAAUCACAUUCCGAAAAAAAGUUGAUAGCUAAGCUACGUAGUACCAAUUAGAAUUUGCCAAGCCGUGUCUAACAGUACUCGCGUGCACAAUCAAGUGGAACGUAGUUCAAGCUCAGAUGCAGUGGUUGUUUUUGUUUUCUACUUGCCACCGAGGACAACAUGUGAGCUGCAGCACGCGUGAAGUUCAAUAAUUCAAGUGAAAAAUCUAUGUGCGAUUUGAGCGUGUGUUCAUUCUGCAAUCAGUUCUGUGUACCUAGAAUACAAUCAGAAUAGUACCCACAAACAAAGAAAGCCAACCGCCGGUCAGUGUAUGCACUUUGAGGGGAUGCUAUGAGUUUUGCAAGACCAGUACGGAUUCGCUCAGCAAACGUGAAAUCAGCAAUUUGGCAAAAUUAACCCCAACCCAUUCAACCCACCGGCAGCAGGGCCGUCGCCAACGGUCAGGGUCGGUGGCAGAAUGUUUGACACUGGCAGAAAGAAGAGAAACGGGACAAUGUCCGUGUGGAGCACUAGUACUGCCGGAAUCGAUACAGUGCUCGCAACCACCCUCGGUACAACGAUCCAUCCGAAAACGUUCAGUGCAAACCAUCUGCCCAGUACCGGGCUGAUAGUGACGCAAAUUCCCAACGGAGGUGCUGCUGUACCGAAUCAAACCCACCACCACCACCAGCAGCUGCAUCACUUCAGUGCCAGCAACGCCGCAGGUAGUGUAGUAGCCGCAAACGGCCUCAACCAUAGCCACCAUCACCUGGUUGCCACCUCGGGCCAUCCGGCCGGGAACGGUGCCGGUGCAUUCAGCAGUCACAGUACCAGCAGCAACAGCAACCACAGUCAUUCCCCGCCGAUUCACGGAUCGGUGCAAAAUUCCGUUGCCUGGAACCGAACCAGUAUUUGCAGUGCACACAAGAGACGAUCCGGCCUGAGCACCAUGUCCCAGUCAGGAGACGAGUUUAGUUCACCCAACUACCUAUCGUGGCGGAAGUUACAACUCAGCAGGGCAAAACUGAAAGCAUCUAGCAAGACGUCGGCGCUGUUAUCCGGGUUUGCCAUGGUCGCCAUGGUUGAAGUUCAGCUGGACGAGAACACCAGCGUCCCACCGAGUAUGUUGAUCACGUUCGCCGUCUGCACCACGCUGCUGGUGGCAGUCCACAUGUUGGCCCUCAUGAUCAGCACCUGUAUCCUGCCGAACAUCGAAACCGUAUGCAACCUGCACAGUAUCUCGCUGGUCAACGAAUCCCCGCACGAGCGGCUUCACUGGUACAUCGAAACGGCGUGGGCCUUUUCGACGCUGCUCGGUCUAAUACUGUUCCUGCUCGAAAUAGCCAUCCUGUGCUGGGUAAAGUUCUACGACCUCAACACAACGGCGGCCUGGUCCGCGUGCAUCGUCCUGAUCCCAGUACUGAUCAUCUUCGUGGCCUUCGCAUUGCACUUCUAUCGAUCGCUGGUUACCCACCGGUACGAGGUGACCGCGUCUGGCAUCCGGGAGCUGGAGAUGCUGAAAGAGCAGAUGGAACAGGACCAUCUGGAUCCGCAUCAUCACCACGGGCCACCGUAUCAAUCCGUGCAGAUUGUUUGACCGAAUGCCCGAUUGCUGCACCGGACACGGACCCAAUGCGUGUGAAUCUGUGAUUGUGAUUUCUAUCUACCCGUUUAUUUACUGUAUCUCUGUUGAAUAGCUUUGAAGUCGCUAUUAUCAGUUGUCUUACCUAAUAACUUUCUAGAUCUGUACGCGACGGAAGAGUUAGGAUUUGUCUCCACCCUUACAUGAUACGCCUUCCCUACUCUGUGAAAUGUGAACAUGCACUUAUUUGCAUUGAUCGAAAGACAGCCCUAGCUAGUUAAUUCAAAUAAAACUGUUUCGUUCUCAUGAUUAUCUAAGGCAAAACAAAGGCUGCUGUUGUUUUGAUACUUAUAUCAGUAAGAUGGGCGUACGCAAUUGUAUGUCGAUGAUUUUUUGUUAGAUGUAUUAUUUUACUAGAUUGAUCAUCACAACCAGUUGUAAUAUAUUUUUCAAACUGCUCUACUAAAAUUAAGUUAAUAUUAUUCAAGUCU